AUGCCACAGACACAUGGAGAAGAGUGCUACACCUGCCCAGAGGGUAAAUACUGUGUCCCUCCUCAGAAGCCACAAUUUUGUCCUAAAGGCUUCUUCUGUCCCAAAGGAACAGGUCUUGACUGGCAGCCUUGCCCACCAGGGACCUACAGCCCCGAGCAAGGGCUGAAGAGCAGCACUGGGUGCAGAGCUUGUGAUGGAGGGAAGUACUGUCUGUACCAUAAUGCAACAGACGUGACUGGAGAGUGCUGGGAAGGCUACUACUGUGCACAGGCGUCAGACAGGCCCAACCCAGAGGCCAGGCUCCAAGGUCAGGCUGGCCCUUGUCCUCCAGGCCACUACUGUCCAAAGGGCACUGCUGUCCCCAAGCAUUGUCCUGUGGGAACCUUCAGCACAAGGAUCAAAUUGAGCUCAGAGGAUAUGGGUAUUUCUGCAAUGGAACUGGACUCAUAUCUCCUGCUGGUGUCUGUGAAGCUGGGUUCUAUUGCACCAGAGGAGCUGUUUCUCCUAGACCUUCCAAAGACAUUACUGCCCAAGGAAUACGGAGUUUGCCACACAGUAUCCCUGUCCACCAGGAACCUACAGCUCGUACUGUGCAUCUGCAGAGCUGGCUGCGCCAUCUGGUCCCUGUGA